UGACAGAAAUUCCCGCAUAAUGUCGCGUGGUACACAAACACGUUAAAUCUUUGGAAAACAGAAUAAUUUUCACAAUUCUUUAAUGAGUUCGAGAUAAUGAACGUGGUCGACGCCUUGACACGGCGUUGCGCCGGAUUUGAAUCGAUAUCCGAUUAUGACAUAGCUUUGUCAAGGCUUAAAUGUCAUGAGGAUGAUGUGUAUCGUGGUAUCGCUCCUGAUUCUAAUGAAGCUGAAUAUGCACCAGAUCGACCAGUAUUUGCAUGUCGUUUUUGUAACGUACCUGAAUAUAAUCAAUUCUUGGCUUUGGCUAAUGAAGAUGGAAGGAUUGCACUACAGGACACUAGUAAGAAAGGACAAGCCAAUCAACAAUUGAAAGGUGUACAGGCACAUCGCAACGCAAUUUUUGACAUUGCAUGGAUGCCAGGAGAAAUGAAACUAGUAACGGCAUCAGGAGAUCACACUGCCAGAUUAUGGAACCUUACUCAACCGGAAGUUCGAAUGAUAGAAUCUUAUAGUGGCCAUACGAGAGGUGUGAAAACAGCAGUUUUUAGGCCGCAAGAUAAAGCUGUGUUUGCAACUGGUGCUCGAGACGGUGCCAUCAUGUUAUGGGAUAUCAGAGCUUCGCACACUCCGCAUGCCAAGCCUGACAAUUGUAUCUGGACUGGUCAUGGGAACGUAAAUGUGAGUAGCAGAAAAUAUCGACGAGGUGUAACAACAGCGUCAAGAGCUCAAAGCAUCACUGGUCUGGCUUUCCAAGACGAUUUUUCUCUGUUAUCCUGCGGAGCUGGAGAUGGGUUCAUAAAAGUUUGGGACAUGAGAAAAAUUUAUACGGUACACAAAAAAGAGCCUCUGCCUAAACAUGUUAUGAACUACACUGGUGGAAGCGUGAGAAACGGUUUCACGAUGUUGCUCGUUUGUCCAGCUGGAAUUUCACUUUAUGCAAGUUGCAUGGACAAUAUUAUCUAUGAAUAUAACAUAUCAUCGUACAAUCCGAAGCCAGUUGCUGAAUACUAUGGUCACCGCAAUUCAACGUUUUACGUAAAAACCUGUUUGAGUCCUGAUGGCAAAUAUCUUGCGAGUGGCUCGAGCGACGAGUACGCUUAUAUUUGGAGUACAAAAAAACCUGGCUCUCCUUUGAUAAAACUGUGGGGCCAUACAGAUGAGGUGACUUGCAUCGAUUGGUGCAAUAUGAGCGAACCAAAGAUUGUCACUUGCUCGGACGAUUGUUGUCACAGAGUUUGGCGGGUCGGUCUUGAGCACAAAGGUGAAAAUGAUGAUAUUGAAAUUCGUGGUCAAGCUCAAACCGUUCAAUCGACCAGUCCCUUGGAACAAGCGUCUCUCGAAACGACACCGACCGUUUCACGACGAUGGGUCUCUCAGCAACAGAGAACUCCGGGCUCUGAUAUAACUCCGACAACAACACCGGACGCAAGUGGUAGCGCGCGAGAUCGCAGUAACGAAUCGGAGGGUCCAGUUUGCAGAGGAAGUACAUCGAAGCGAACGUACGUGCAAAUGAUGGCGCGAGGGCCAUGGACCGAUGGUAAAUUUAAAUCGGUCUUAUCGCCAAUAGUAGAGAAUCUUGAACCGACAGCGAAGCGAGUCCACGUGGAAAACCGUGGCGCUCGUCGAUUGUUCAGUCCAAUAAGGGAGGAGAAAGAGGAAUCGUCGGUUUCUUCUUCGGCAUCAGUUUCGUUGCAGCGUGGCUACGAAUCUGACGAGCCCGGGCCAAGUUCGUCGAGCUGCGGCUCCGAAGUGUCUCGGCAAAUGCCAUUUUCGCCAACUCUCAAUUUACCAAAUUACGUGAUCGACGGGACUGCGCCACAUCUCGUGCAGCGGUCGCCCCAAAAGUGCAAAGAAAAUAUUGAUUGGCUGACCAAAAUACGUCGUGAGAGGUACGAAUUGAGGGUGGGAAGAGCUGACACAGAGAAAUCAAUAACGAGCCCAAACGCUCACGUCACACCCGCGCGAAGAACGCGCAGAUCAAGAUCGACCGAACCGCGAAAAUUGCCUAAAAACCCAGCGGUCUCUCUCCUCAAUUUCUUCCGUGUUUCCAGUAAAGAUAGUGACAAAGAAUAUUUCUCAGUGGCUGAAAGCAUGACGCAAACUUCUACCGAAUCCAAACAGUGAUUUCAACGCCACGAAAAUUUAUUGUCUCAUCGAUUAAGCGACGUACGUUUUUCGUCGAAACGUUCGAAAAUCAACAGCGUCCUUCCACUCCCUUCGAAUCGAGGUUUCGAAGACAAAAUUCCUUUCCGCAUCUCGAAUAUUCUCCGAGGGAAAUCGUCUCGACGAGAACACUAAAAAUUGAAUUUAUUCAUCCGAGCUUUUUUAAUCGCCUUUCAGGCACAGUAUUAUCCAUUGUCCACGUGCCCUUGCCCUCCCCUGCCCCUCCAUUAAAAAAAACCGUUGAUAGCUGUAAGUUCGCACAAGUUCAAUGAUCUUCUAAGAAAGUGUCGAUGAUCCUUCGUUCCCAUUCGGAUUCAACGGGAAGUCGAUUGUCAUCGAAAGUCCUUUUCGCUUCCCAGAUUUUCGUUGAUUCAUUGAAAUUCUUAUCAUCAUUUCUGAAGCGUAAGUUAGGAGCACCCUCAAACAAUUGUUAGAUUUUUAUAAGUCGCGGUGUGAGAGCAUUGCUGAAGACACGAGUGAAUGUUCAGGUUUUUUUUAAAUUUUUUUAUUCGUAAACGUUGAAUGAUUGAAAAUAUUGAGCCUACCCAUGGCUAAGUAUAAAAACUGUUUUGUCCUGAUGAAUGUUGUGAUGACCGAACCAGUCUACCAGUGUGUUCUUUCAAACACGAAUAAAUUAUUUUUUUAUACGACAACAAUGUUAAACUCCGACAUAUUUAGGAUUAAUUACAAUUUUCCAUUGAAACUGCCUCGGAGCACAACUAUAUUUUUCCAUCUUUCGAAAUGCGCCCCGAGAAUGACGACCAGUGAAGUGAUUCAUACAAUAAUCAAUAUUUUCUAUGCUCUGGUAACGAAAAAAAGUCUGAUUUUGUACAGUACGAGGAGUUAAUAAAAAAAAAACAAAACUGGGA